GCUUCCCCACCGGUCGCUGCCACUGACAGCGUCGUCGUUUUGAAACGAAAGGUCAUACUGUAGCUUGAACCACGUUGGUUACAGUCUGCCGGUCUCUAUCUCAAUCCCUCUAUAACAGAAUCAUGGACAAUUAUAAUAAUUUGAGCGCAUCUGAGAAGGCGCAAGCGGCUGAGCUGCAGCGAAUGAUCGCCGUUGAACAGCAGAAAGCACAGUUUCAGGCACAGGUGCACAACUUCACUGACAUCUGCUGGGACAAGUGUAUGGAUCGCCCAAGCUCGAAGCUGGACUACCGUACGGAGACUUGUCUCGUGAGCUGCGUGGAGCGCUUCAUAGACACCACCCUGACCAUAACUAACCGCUUCUCACAGAUGGUACAGAAAGGAGCUCAUUAAGAAUGGACAGUUUGUGCCAAUGAUGCCUCUUGGAUAAAAGUGAAAAGGACUUUCGGUGCUGCACCAAGUCAAAUUAUAUACUAUUAUAUAACUGAAAAUAUGAGCAUUGGAGGAUGUUGACAUUGUGCUCAUUUUAUUUGUGAAUAGCAAAUCUGCUUUUUUCCUGGUCACACUAAUGGAAACACAUCAAAUAGGUCAGUAUAAAAGGAAAAUAAAUAUUAUGUCCUGCAGUUGCCAUAUUGAUUAAAUAUUGUUUAAAAUAUUGAUCGACUAUAACAUAUUGGUGUCACGUUGUUUGUAUAGACAUGUUUGAAACAUGUAACUGCACAAUAUACAGGAUCCUUUCAUACAUGGGUAAAGGUCCACUUGUGAAAAUGAAAAUAUAAGUGUACAAUAAAAUACAAUUCUUCAUUACUA